CGGCCUCGCAAGGGCUCCCGCAGCCAAGUGGAGACAAAGAUUUGUUUGUUGGUUUUUGUGGGGGGGUUUUUUGUUGGUGUUUUGUUGUGGUUUUUUUCAGGGCAGCUUCAGAAUUGUGAGUUUUGUGUGUAGCUUUCUGUUUUGUCCUCUCGGUAGUGCCCUUCUGUCAAGGAAUGGUAAGCUGUGCAAAACUAGUUUUGACAACUUUUUCGUUUUGUGCUCAAGAGGCUUAGCUUUAACUUAUGGUCAGGUGUAAAUUACAAACAUGAGAUGUUAGCUUGUAAUUUGGAACUAUCUGAAACACUUUAGAUGGCCUUAACUACCAGCAAUCACGCGUUUUAUAGAUACACCCCAGAACUAAAGUACGUGAAGUAAUGAAACCUGAACUAACAUGGGUUUAUUUUCUUUCAUGCAGAGGAACUGUCUACAAUCCCAGAGUGAAAACGACUUCCAUCUAGGAUGAUGACAGAUUUUACAGGAGAGCAUAUGUGGUUACAAAUACAGCACGAACUAAGCUUGAGGAAACUAAUAGAGGGUUCAGAGUAUCAAGAGGAACUGAAGUACGACUUCAAUAUAAAAGGGGAACUGAGGCAUUUGGAUACAAAUGAGUCCUUUGUUUUCAAUUAUUACAAGAAUGCACAUGAGCAGAAUCAUAAACGCUAUCAAGUUUUGGGACAUUUGAUUACCCAAUAUGUUUAUGAGCUCCUGGAAAGAGUCUGCAUGCUGCAGAAAGUUUAUAUUCCUACUGAUGCUACAGAGGUUGAACCAAGAAGCUUCUUUUUCAUGAGCAAGAAUGCACUAAGUUCCUCUACCUUAAUCGUCCUUCUUCAAGACCACGGAGUUUUCUGUGCUGGACAGUGGGGGCAAAGGACGAUUGUCAGCGAGGGCCUGAGGCAUGGAACACAAAUACCAUUCAUCAAAAUGGCUCUUCAAAGCCACAGGGGAGUGAUUGUACUGAAUCCCAAUGACAACUUCGUUGAUCUGAAGACUGAAAAGGAGAGGUUAGGCUCUUCUACUAGGGAAGAAGCACUGACUUCUACGCAGUCCGUCUGGUGGAUCCCCAAGAGGGGCAGCAGCAGCCCCGAGGAGCAUACCAUGUAUGUAUGGGAUCAUUUCAUUUCAAAGAGCGCAGCCAAGAAUGUGGCCUUCAUUGCCCAUGGCUAUGGUGGCUUGGCAUUUGUUGAUCUGCUGGUGCAGAGAAAAUGGGAGGUAAUGAAUAAAGUGUACUCUGUGGCAUUCAUCGACUCCAUGCACAACACACAGCACCAGACUGGAAGUGAUCCACAAAUACAAGAAUGGAUACAGAAAUACUGCCGUGAAUGGGUGUCAAACAGUAAGCCUCUGGAUAAAGCUGUGGGUUCUCUUAUGAAAAUGGAUUGUCCUACUGUCUCUGCUGGAACGGAAAGGUAUGGUUUAGCACCCUCCUGCUGCUUACACGCCAUCUUUAAGUACCUGAAGAGCACGCUGAAAGCGAAGACCACAACAUCCUUUAGGUAUUCACCUGUUGCAACCAGAAGCAGCACAAGUAAGAAGAGAGACAAUAAAUAAAAGGUAUACUGAUUUGUUCUUUAUAGUGGUCUCUUCCUUUCAUAACUGCCUCUGCACCUUUCAGUUAUCUAAGGACCUUCAUCUCACUGUGGAGCAACUUACAGUUCUAAGUUUGAAGCUAGUUUGUUUUUGAGAAACACGCAAAUACAAGUUAACUAUUAAGAAAGAAGUGCAUUGUUGAAAGCUUUAAGCCCCAACCCUUCAGCUAGCUGUGAAAUUUUAAGUUGCACAAAAUAAAGAUGUUAAGGUAUACCAAC